AUGUCGCCGCUCUUCACCAACCCCAUCAUUCCGGGCUUCUCACCCGACCCAUCUAUCUGCGUUGUUCCUCCUCCCACUAGCAGCAGCAUCCCACUCUCCCAAGCCCACAUAUCCCCCACCACAUCCACAUCCUACUUCCUCACGACCAGUACCUUCACCCUCUUCCCCAGCUGCGCCAUCUACCACUCCACCGACUUGCUCAACUGGGAGCUGAUCGGGCACGCCCUGACGCGUCGGAGCCAGAUCGAGAUGCGGACGCCCGAGGCGGGCGCGGGCAGCUGGGCGAGCACGUUGCGGUAUCGCAUCGAGGAGAAUGGGAACGGUGGGGGGAAGACGGGCAGGUGGUACCUGUGCACCGGAGUGUUCUCGAGGUAUAGGCCUCAGAUGGAUGAGAGGAUCUUCCCGCGGGGCUUCUACGUGACGACGACGAACAUCUGGGACUCGUCGAGCUGGUCCGACCCGAUCUACUUUGACAACCCCGGAUUCGACCAAGACCUCUUCUGGGACGACGACGGCAGAGUCUACCUCUCGACCACCACCCGCACGUCCACCCGCAGCAGCGGCAACCCCGCAAAGAAAGACUUUGCAAUCCACAUCUCGGAGAUCGCCCUGCCGACGGGUCGCACCCUCACCGCGCCCACCGUGAUCCGCGCCUCCCCUUCCGGAGUAGCCGAGGGAUCCCACAUCGUCAAGCGCGGCAGGUACUACUACCUAUUCACCGCCGAGGGCGGUACGGAGCAGGGCCACCAGGAGUGGGUGUUCCGCAGCGCGGAGGGGGUGUUGGGGCCGUGGGUGUCGCGGCCAGCGGGGGGCCCGCUGUGGUAUAACGGGGUGGAGGGAAAGGUGCAGCGGACGGGGCACGUGGAUGUUUUUGAGGCCGGGGAGGGCGGGAGCUGGUGGGCUGUGCUGUUGGGGGUGAGGCCUGUGAGGGACGCGGAUGCGGAUGCGGGAUGGCUGGAGCCACAGCUGGGCCGGGAGACGUUCCUGGUGGGCGUCGAGUGGGUGGAUGACUGGCCGGUCUUCAAUCGAGGGGAGACAGUUGGGCUCCUGACGCUGGGACCGGAGGCCGCUGUGCAGCGGCCGAAGGAGAGGGUCUGGAAGGCCGAUCUGGCGAUAGAUGAUUUGGAGUUGGGGUGGUAUGAGAAGAAUACACCGCUGAAGAAAUGCUGGUCGCUAACCGAGCGGCCGGGCUGGCUUUGCAUCCACGGCGGAUGCUACGAUCUGAGAUCUCCAGAAGCGCCCACGAUGCUCUUGAGGCGGCAAACGUCCUUCGAGCAGAGCUUUUCCGUACGUCUGGACUUCGCGCCGACGAGAAUUGGAUACGAGGCCGGUUUGGUGUUGUGGUGGGACAUGCAUUCUUUCGCCAGCAUCGGAGUGACUCUGACAUCCGAUGGGAGAAGGGUUCUCAAAGUGACCAUACCGACAGAUACCGCUGAUGCAUUCAAGGAACAGUACUUUUCCAUCCAAAAAGGUCCACUCAGGCUAAGGAUCCUCGCCGCGCCAAAGAGCUAUACCUUACACCUCGCAGGCUCUGAAGAAGCCGAAGCAACCACCGUCGCAAGUGCUGUUAUACUAAGCAAGUCCUUAACUAAAGUGCCACCGGUCGGACAGCCAUUCCUAGGCGCGAUGUUCGGAGUGUACGCGUUCGGGAACGGGGAACCUUGUCUGGAUGCUGCUUAUUUCAGAGAUAUCGUCUGCGCAGAUCUGGAUCUGGAUCGUCGUUUUGGAGUAGGAGAGUAA